GCUCCUUCUCUCUACAGUGGUCUUAUAUCAGAAACAUGGCUACAGAUUGGCUGGGCAGUAUUGUGUCCAUCAACUGUGGAGAUAGCUUGGGGGUGUAUCAGGGAAGAGUGUCUGCAGUGGAUCAGAUCAGCCAGACCAUUUCUCUCACCCGGCCUUUCCACAAUGGAGUGAAGUGCCUCGUGCCAGAAGUCACCUUCAGGGCAGGUGACAUUACGGAAUUAAAAAUUCUGGAGAUACCAGGUCCUGGAGAAAACCAACAUUUUGGAGACCUUCAUCAGACAGAAUUAGGCCCAUCUGGUGUUGGGUACCAAGUGGGUAUCAAUCAGAAUGGCACGGGCAAGCUGGUGAAGAAGCCAGCCUCUUCCAGCAGUGCCCCUCAGAAUAUCCCUAAGAGGACAGACGUGAAGAGUCAGGAUGUUGCUGUUUCCCCACAGCAGCAGCAGUGCUCAAAGAGCUAUGUGGACAGGCAUACGGAGUCCCUGAGUCAGUCCAAAAGUUUCCGCCGUCGGCACAACUCUUGGUCAUCUAGUAGCAGACACCCAAAUCAGGCAACUCCAAAGAAAAGUGGCUUAAAGAAUGGCCAAAUGAAGAAUAAAGAUGACGAGUGCUUCGGGGAUGAUAUCGAAGAGAUCCCAGACACAGAUUUUGAUUUUGAAGGGAACCUGGCCCUCUUCGACAAGGCAGCUGUGUUUGAGGAGAUUGAUACCUAUGAGCGGAGAAGCGGUACCCGUUCCCGGGGCGUCCCAAAUGAAAGGCCAACUCGGUACCGCCACGAUGAGAACAUCCUGGAGUCGGAGCCCAUUGUCUAUCGGCGGAUCACAGUGCCCCACGGUGUGAGCAAGGAGUUCUGCACGGACUCUGGCCUGGUUGUCCCAAGUGUUUCCUAUGAACUGCAUAAAAAGCUGUUGUCUGUGGCUGAGAAGCACGGGUUGACUCUGGAGCGGAGACUGGAGAUGACAGGAGUGUGCGCCAGCCAGAUGGCCCUGACCCUGCUCGGAGGACCCAACAGGUUGAAUCCCAAAAAUGUUCACCAGAGGCCCACAGUGGCCCUGCUGUGUGGCCCGCAUGUGAAAGGGGCGCAGGGGAUCAGCUGCGGAAGGCACCUGGCCAACCAUGAUGUCCACGUCAUCCUCUUCCUGCCCAACUUUGUCAAGAUGCUGGAGCCCAUCACCAACGAGCUCUCUCUCUUCAGCAAGACCCAGGGCCAGCAAGUGUCUAACCUCAAAGAUCUGCCCUCUAGCCCCGUGGACCUGGUGAUCAACUGCCUGGACUGCCCCGAGAAUGCCUUCCUGCGGGACCAGCCUUGGUACAAGGCGGCGGUGGCCUGGGCCAACCGGAACCGGGCGCCGGUGCUCAGCAUCGACCCACCCGUGCAUGAAGGCGAACAGGGUAUCGACGCCAAGUGGUCGCUGGCUCUGGGCCUGCCUCUGCCGCUGGGGGAGCGCGCGGGCCGCAUCUACCUGUGUGACAUCGGCCUCCCCCAGCAGGUGUUCCAGGAGGUGGGCAUCAGCUACCACUCACCCUUUGGCUGCAAGUUUGUCAUUCCAUUGCACUCUGCCUAGAGGGGCUCUGGGCGAGUUGGAUCCUGCAGUCCCCUGCUGCUCCGGACACACUGAACUUGACAACGAACGCCUUAAGGAUGUGAAGCUUCAUGGACCUUGUUAAAUUUUUUCGCUUUUGGAUUUGUUUCUUCUGUGAGAGAACAGAUCAUAUUUAAAAAUGACCUGUCACCUGCCCGUAGCUGAGGAAGGCUUUCCCACUGGGUGUCCUGGGUGGGCGGCAGGCUGAGUGGCUCUCGACAUCUCUACACUUGGCCCCCUGCGUGGCUGGGUGGGGCUUUGUUUACAGACUUAGGCAGCUCACGGACCGAGUUUCAGGUUUACAGUCACUGGGGCCUGGGCCAGCACCUUGCGGGGUGGGGCGGGUCCUGUUUGGGGGCCUGUUCUUGCUCUGGCUCCGGGUCCUCUGCCCCCCGCCCCCCCUCCGGGCGGCCUUUCCCCUGAUCAUGUUGAACCGGCUGUGCUGCAGCUGCCGCCAGAGGGCAGACUUGCACUCCGUUCAUUUUGAGGGCUUUGGGGAGGCCUUCCCAGAGCCCCACCACAAGUUGAUUGGGGACUGUUGACCCUUUCUCCUGA